AUGGUCAGCAUUCAAAUGAUUCUUAUUGGAGCCACUUUUUCCCUGUCUAUUAUUUUCACAUACUGUGAUGACUCGCUGGACACUUAUUCCUUGCAGACUGCUGUCAAGACCCAAGAAGAAAAAGACUUGAUUGAAACUUUGCAAGCUGUUCUUGACAAAUUAAAAAGUAAGCAGUUACCAAACACAGUGAAGAAGUUUGGUCAGCUUCCCUCGUGUGAUGCUGGGGAGCAGUGUGCAGCACGAAAAGGUGCGAGAGUUGGAAAGCUGUGUGGCUGUCCUCACGUGUGA